AAAGUGACAAAAACGAGAACAGACAGUGACUUACUCAAAGAUUUCCACUUCAGACAAACAAACUGAAGGUAUAUAAAGUCUGUGUUUCCAUCUCUGAGACAUCCUGUGAGCAGAAACUGCUGCUGGAACAGACUCUUCAACUAAUCAUCAAAACAAGAUGGCUGCAGGUCUUGUCUUCACUCUGCUUCUUGGUCUGAGCUUUGGACUCUGGGAUGGAGCUGAUGCCGGAUGUAACCUAAGAGUUGACAUAUGUGAAGGGUGUGAAAAGGAUUGGACUUGGUAUGACGGUCGAUGUUACCUUUAUGAGAAAACUGUAAAGAACUGGACUACAGCAGAGAACUUCUGCCUCUCAUUGGGUGCAAAUCUGGCCUCAUUCCACAGUGUAGCGGAGUACAACUUCAUCAGAAACCUUAUUUACAAAGCAACUGGAAAACACACACAAACCUGGGUUGGUGCUUUUGAUUCAAUAGAGGAAGGCUACUGGUUGUGGAGUGAUGGUUCCAAGUUUGUGUUUAAUUCCUGGGGCGCGAAUGAGCCAAACAACUUUGGUGGAAACGAACACUGCAUGGACAUCAACUUACAUGGACAGGAUACAGUGAAUGAUUAUGGCUGUUAUGAGAAGCUUCCCUUCGUCUGUGCCAGACCCCUGUAACCUUCUUCUGUCUUUUAAUCUGAAAUGCCCAUAUGGCUUUCCUGCUGCUGAUGUCACUUCCACCUGGAUGUCAAGCCUCGAUGACAUCACUGCUGGAAGAACCUGAUUUCACUUUAUUUAAAUAAAUGUUUUCUUUCUCUGAAA